ACCUAGAAAAGGAGAGGCAGAAAGAUCUUCUACCCAUUGGUUCACUCCCCGAAUGUCCAAUCUGUAUCCAAGAGCCUCUUCUUGAUUUCCCAUGCAGGUGCAGGAGGUCGUGGGCCUUACUCCGCUGCUUUUCCAGGCCAUCCACAGGGGGCUGGACAGGAAGUAGAACAUCCGAGACAUGAAUCGAUGCUCAUUUGGGAUCCUAGCACUCGAAGAGGGUGCGGUAAGCCAAUUGGGCCAUCAUGCCGGGCCCACCCUAAGCAGUUUUCAAAUCGGAUGCCUUCACUCAGAAGUGAAAGUUUUAACGACUUGUACUAGGCCAAAGAAUACUUUGUGUUGUUUUUUUUUUUAAAGAAUGUCUGACAUCUUUCACUGUAUUUGCUUUUUUUAAAGCAUCAUUUUUCUUUGGGUUAGAAAGGGAUGGGAAGAAAGAAAGGGAAAGAUAAUCUAUUUUGGGGUUCACUCUCUGAACGCUUGCAAUAUCUGGGGCUUUCAAGCGACGGGCACGGACCCCAGUGCUAGAGGUACCAUUUGCUGCCUUGCAAGGCGUGCACCAGCAGGAAUCAGGAGUUGGGACUCCCCACGUGAUGCAGGCAUCCCAAGGGCUGUCUGUCGCACCUGCUGCACCCCUCAAUCCUCACUGGCAGCUUUUACUCAAGCGCCCACUCGUGCCUUUGUGCUAAUUGUUGAGCUAUUCCCAGAGAAGUAGCAGGCAUCUUUGGUCCUAGCCAGUUGUGUUCCAUUAUCUGUAGGAGUUUUCUUGGUUUCUACAAGUUAGUGGCUGGCAGGACUGCCAAAAGAUAAAUCACGUUAUGAAACAUUCCAUUCCUCAGAACUAACAAAUAUUUUAUCUGGAUACAUGAGCAAGACUCCCAUGAGCAAAGAAUCAUCUAAAAUGAACUUGAUUUUGUCCAGGAAGGAUGAGAUGCAAUACUCAGAAAAGGAUUGUACUAUACACAAGAUGGUAGAUGUUCAUUUUUCAAUGCUGAUAGUUUUAUGUUCAGCUCACGGAGGUGUGAAGAAAAGGAUUGAGCCUAGGACAACUUUUGAAGGUUUUUUUUUUUUUUUUUCAUGUCUCAGUGACUGAUGAACAUGACAGGCCAGAAUUCACCUGCCAACUCUAAGGAUCAUUAGUGUGUCGUUAAGCUCUUUGUGCCUCAGUGGCCAAGCCUAUAAAAUGGGCAUCAUUCCAGCAUGUACACACCUAAGAUUAUGAUGAUAAUGGAAUAAGAUCAGGUUGCUGAAGUACUUGGUGUGUAAAUAAACGCCUUUUAAACAAUCAUAUAGCAUUACUAAUGGCCUGUGAUUUUGUUUGAUCACUUCUCUUUAACAGGGGGCAUCUCUGGUGCUGUGGUUCUCAGCUGGGAUUGAACUUGACCUCAAAGCCAGGGGAGACUUGGCAGUGUGCGGAGAGAUGUGGAAAAGUGGUGCUACAGGCCCACACAAGUCGGAGAAACCUUGCUUUCAAGUCUAAGAAGCUCAUGGGAUUCACUCGCAUGGUUGCACUUGUCUGUGGCAGUUAUGGUGUCCUAACAACAGUGUUGCUGAGAGAGAACACCCACAUAUUGUUACACUCCCUGAAUGACCCCGACGCCGGAUCAACACUGGACCCAGGAGCUGGAAUGCACAGGAACAGGUCUCCCACAUGUGUACCAGGAACUAAACCACUUGAGUCAUUACUACCACGUUAGCAGCACAUGACUAGAACAUUUCACGGCCUCGACGGGCAAGUCGUUAAGCAGGACUCAGGAAUAUGGAUCAAUGGCUUUGAUUACACUGGGAUGUCGCAUAUCACCCCGCACAUCCCCGAGAUCAACGACACCAUCCGGGCUCCCUGUGAGGAGAGCGCGCCCCUCUGCGGCUUCCCGUGGUACCUGCCCGUGCACUUCCUCAUCAGGAAAAACUGGUACCUUCCCGCCCCAGAAGUUUCUCCGAGAACUCCUGCUCAUUUCAGACUUGUAUCCAAAGAACAGACACCUUGGGAUUCUGUAAAGUUGACUUUUGAAGCAACAGGACCCAGCCACAUGUCAUUCUACGUGCGCGCUCACAAGGGGUCCACCCUCUCGCAGUGGUCUCUGGGCAAUGGCACCCCGGUCACAAGUAAAGGGGGGGACUACUUUGUCUUCUACUCCCACGGACUCCAGGCUUCCGCGUGGCAGUUCUGGAUAGAAGUGCAGGGCUCGGCGGACCAGCCUGAAGGCAUGGUCACUGUGGCCAUCGCCGCCCACUAUCUCUCCGGGGAGGACAAGAGAUCGCCAGCACUGGACGCCCUGAAGGAGAAGUUUCCAGACUGGGCGUUCCCCUCCGCCUGGGUGUGCACCUACAGUGUCUAUGUGUUUUGAUCUUGUGACUGAGCGUGAAGCAUGUGGCCAGUGGAUAAUUCCUGUGACACAGUCUCUCCCUGGGUCACGUGGAUGUUUGUAACUCAAGUCACUGAAUUUUAAUGGAGAAAUGUUGGAAGAACUUCGGUUAGCACUUUUCAGGGCCCAACACUGCAAUGGUUAAGCUGUGGGACAUACAUGGCCUGCUGACACUUGACACUGCCAGUCCUCUGGCACUUAAGCACAAGCGGGCAUCGCCACUGUCAUUCUGUGACCUUCAGGACAGAAGCCCAUGACCACUGCAGUAGCCACUCCUCCAGGAUCAAGGACAUAAACUGAGGCCAUCCUUAAGGAGACAGAAGUCCUAGCCAGCCCGCGUGCUGCCUCAGGGGAAGCAGCUCUCGAGGUCUAACUGGGGGGCCCUGGGAAGGGACAGUCCUGCAGAUGGGACACUGGGCCACGCAGUGGACUUUAGGCCCCAGCCUGUGCUGAGCCACCUGGCCCCGAGGGGAGCAGGCUGGGGUCACCACAAGUUGACAAGGGGUCCCCGAAACGGACUCUUUCCCUCUGAAAUGUGCUCCACUUCCCUAGGGAUUCUUGCAGACUUUUUAGGUUCCAAAUUAUUUUCUGUGCAAGUCCUUAACUUCCUCAGCACUGACCUGCCGCUCUGGUUACCAUGGGGUAGAGCAGAGUGGAAGGGGGAAGGUGGGGAUUUUAUAAGUAUUAUUUUUUUUCUCGUGGGAGUCUUCUAUUUUACAAGGUUAAUCCUUUAGGACAUGAUGUCCUGGCUGAAUUGGGGCCUUUUGUUCUCAACCGUGCCCAGUGCUUGUGUCGUCACUGACGGGGAAGAUGGGCAUGCGACACACGCUGAUCUGGGCUCUAGCUAUGACGUCAGUGGUAAACUGCUGAGCUUUCUGGAUAAAUUCUAUGAAACGACAGGCCAGGAGAUAGGUGAGAAAAAAGGCACAGCCAAAAGGGGGAAAACAAAGUUGGCAUCUCCUGGGAGUCCAGGCAUUGCAGCGCGCCCUCAGGGCGCCAGGGGCAAGGGCGCAGGGCCGGGAUGUGCUCGCUGGAGCCUGGGCUGCGGCAGUCACUGUCUGGUAGACAGGCUGUGCUGUUUCAGGUGUUUCAGGUGUCUGGCUUGUGCUCCUCUCCUGCCGGGUCUUGUUUGUAACCGUUAGCACAGUUGAGGGCUUAGACUCACACUUGUAAGGGAAAGGAAAGAGACCAAUGAAUUUGCAGACAGGCACACUGCCCCGUGGCUAACAUAAUCACUAGAAAUUAGUACGUAGGAAAGCCACCCCCCAUCUCACCUUGAGGACCUUCUGUGAGAGCUGCUGCCUGCGUGGCCUCCUUGGGAAAGGAUGCUGGGACUCCUCAGCAGGGGUCACGGCUGUCCUCGGGGGUACUUUCCUCCUCAGCAUUAUGGUAGUUUUGAUGCUGUAUAGUCAGUAACAAG